AGAAAACAUAUGUAUAAUUUUGGUUAUUUUAAAUUUAUUGAGACUAGUUUUAUGAUACAGAAUAUGGACUUGGUGAGGGAUGUACUUGAAAAAAAGUGUACUUUGGUGGGCAAAGUAUUCUACAGAUGUCAGUUAGGCUUUUUCUUCUUAUUUUUAUUUAUUUAUUUAUUUUGCUCACCUGCUCCAUUAUGUACUAAAAAAAGGGAUAAGAUACCCAACUAUAAUUGUGAACCUGUGUAUUUUUCCUUUCAGUUCUAUCAGUGUUUGCUUUCUGGAGUUUGAAACUCCAUUAUUAGAUGCAAACAUGUUUGAAAUUGUUAAAUCCGCUUGAUGACUUGGUCCUUCCAUCGUUAUAAAAUGACCUAUUUCACCUUUGGUUUUUGUUUAUAAAUCCGCCUUGUCUCAUAUUGAUUUAGCCACCACGACUUAGAUUUGCUUGCUACUUUUCAUACAACCUAACCAUCUCUGCCUCUACGUGGCAUGUUUUAACUAUUUUCAUUUGAUUUAACAUGACUAUAGAUACAGUAGGUUGAAAUCUGUCACCUGGCUGCUUGUUUUCCAUUUGUUUUAUCUGUUCUUUUUUCCAUUUCCCCUAUAUUUUUCUGCAAUUUUUAUAGUGGGUAAUUUUUAGUAAUUCAUUUUAUCUUCAUUGUUGAUCUUUUAAUCAUAUGUAUUUGCUUUAUUAUUUUUAGUGUUUGUUCUAGGAUUAACAAUUUGCAUACCUUAACUUAUCUGACUCUACCUUCAAAUAAUAUUACAUCCUGUUAAGGAGAGCAUAAUAAUUUUCCAACAGUAUGCUUUCCUUCCUGUGUCCUAGCCUUUCUGCUAUUGUCAUCGUAUAUUUUACUUCUGCUUGUUAUAAACCCCACAAUGCAUUGUUAUUAUUUUCGCUAUAGAGUCAGUUAUCUUCUAAAGAGAUUAGAGAUAUAUUUUAUACCUUUCCACAUAUUUUCCAUUUGGGUACUUGUCAUUUCUUUGGGUAUCUCCAAACUUUCCUCUGAUAUCACUUUCCUUUAAUAUUUCUUUUAGUACAAAGCUGCUGGUGAUUAAGUUUUUCUGAUGUUCAUCUGUGUGCAAAUUUAUUGUUUCACCUUCAUGUUUGAACAAUAUUUUCACUAGGUGUAGAAUUUUGGCUUGACAGUGUUUCACCCCCUUGCAGGACUUUAAAGGGUCUCUUCAUUAACUUCGGGCACAUGCAUGGUUCUCUGAGAGGUUGGGAUCUUUGGUGGUCUCUAUGGAUUCUUCUGUGUUCAGUAAGGUCUCGGGGGAGAACUCAAAGAUUCCCAGAUCAGUAUCAAGGUCAUAGUACAGGACACAUUGAUGGACAUUGAGAAACUUGUUAGUGUGGCUUUCUCUACAUUUGUAGCCAAACCAGUUGGAAAAGAAAAGAUUCACUUAAAACCAGUCAUACUUCUAACUGAACAAGAUCAAGUGGAGCAUACUCUGGCUUCUGAGAGAAGGAAAGUUCGGUUACAACAUGAAGAUACUUUUAACAACUUAAUGAAGGAAAGUAGCAGUUUGGAAGAUCCUGCUUGUGAUGAAGAGGAAGGGACCGUGGCCACCAGGGGCACUGCUGUUCAGAGCAUUGAACUUGUACUGCCACCCCACGCAAACCAUCACGGGAACACAUUUGGUGGCCAGAUUAUGGCUUGGAUGGAGACAGUGGCAACUAUUUCUGCAAGCCGCCUGUGUAAGGGGCAUCCCUUUCUGAAGUCUGUGGACAUGUUUAAGUUCCGGGGACCAUCUACAGUCGGAGACCGUCUUGUCUUCAACUCCAUUGUCAACAAUACAUUUCAGACCUGUGUGGAGGUUGGAGUACGCGUGGAGGCCUUCAACUGUCAGGAAUGGUCCGAAGGCCGAGGCCGCCACAUCAACAGUGCCUUUCUCAUUUAUAAUGCUGUUGAUGAUAAGGAAGAACUCAUCGUCUUCCCCAGAAUUGAACCCAUUUCAAAGGAUGAUUUUAGACGCUAUCGGGGAGCUAUUGCACGCAAGAGAAUACGCCUUGGCAGGAAAUACGUUAUUUCUCACAAAGAAGAAGUUCCACUCUGCAUACAGUGGGAUGAAAGCAAGCAGGUAUCGUUGAGUAACGGCAAUGUGGAGGCAUUCAGAAAGCUGGCGGCUAAAAGGGGCUGGGAGGUUAUCAGCUCUUCAAAAAAGAUAAAAAUAUAUACUCUGGAAGAGCAAGAUGUUUUAUCUGUUUGGGUUGAAAAACAUGUGAAAAGCCCAGCAAACUUGGCUUAUUGUCUCUUGUCGGACUUUACAAAGCGACCACUGUGGGACCCCCAUUACAUGUUCUGUGAAGUCAUAGACAGGGUGAACGAGAAUGAUCAAAUAUAUUACAUCAUCUGUUCUGAGGUCAAUAGUGACAAACCCAAAGACUUCAUAGUACUUGUAUCACGAAGAAAGCCUCUCAAAGAUGGCAACACCUACAUGGUGGCAGCCAAGUCAAUCAUCCUGCCAUCAGUCCCACCGUCUCCACAGUACAUCAGGAGUGAAGUCAUAUGUGCUGGAUUUCUUAUCGAGGCUAUUGAUAGUACUUCAUGCACUGUGUCUUACCUUAACCAGAUGUCAGCUAGCAUCCUUCCAUACUUCGCUGGAAAUCUUGGUGGCUGGUCAAAAUCCAUUGAAGAAGCAGCAGCCUCUUGUAUUAAAUUCAUAGAGAAUGCUACUGAUGAUGGACCUAUCAGUGGACUUUAAGUGGUCAACUUUCAGUUACUUGCAGUUUAAUUUCCUACUCUUAAUUCUAAGUGCCUUCGUCCUGACACUUGACAAAUUUGGGGGCCACAGAAUGAUUUAAUAUGAGCUUAAACAAAAUGCAGUUAAGAAGAAAUGUAUAUCAAACCGAAAUGUAUAUCAAGUUUAAUCCUAGUGAUUUGGAUUAGCAUUAAAAGAGCUUUAAAACUGUUAUAGAUGAUCUGUGGCUCUGCCUCUUCUAGCAGCACAGAUACUGGAAAAUUGCCUGGAUGCAGUGUCACAUGUUGUGUAAAAUGGUACAAAUAUAGUUAAAAAUCAUCAUAAACAUGUUUAGGUUACAGAGGCACAAUGAGCUUGAAAUUUCAUAAAACAUAAAAUGCUGAUCUGCUGUAGGUUGAUUUAACGUGUGGUGGCAUCUCAUGUGCAGCAGGUAUCUGCAAGUCAGGAGCACCUGACAAGAUGUAUUACAUGUUUUAGAGCUUUAAAUUAUGAAGGCAUUAAAACGUAAUGGAAUCCAAUCAAUUUUAGUAAUAGGAAAUACUUUACUAGUGUCAUUUUACAUAUAUUCAAGGUGGCUGGCCAAUUUAGUAUCUAUUGCUAUAUAUACACACACAAAGUACCUGCAAGAUGUGAUAUUGCAGAGAAAGUGAGUAUUAACUGAGCUCUUCUUUCAUAAUCAUUACAUUAGCACUUUAUUAGGGGAUAGACUUUGACAUUCAUUAUUCCACUCUAGAAUUUGUCUUAACGCUUAAGACAAAGAAGAAUGUGUCAAGUCAGCCUCCUUUAACCGACAACUUUUAUAAGUUGUUGAAGGAGUUGUGCAUUAGUGUUCAGAGGACUUACCAGGUGGAACUCAUCCUGGUGUUGGUUUUCCAAGGCUCUACCCCUGCUCCCACCUGUCUAAACACACAGUCUGUAGCAGGUCAUAAGUAGUUUUACUUACUUUUACACUUAAAGUAUUUUUAUUUGUCAAGAGAUUUUUAAGAAUGUGAAAAUUUUGCAUAUGUGAAUUUUGGACUGUGCUGCAAUUUUAUGAAUUAGCACUUAUAUAUAAUAUGAAGCAUAGAUAUAUAGAUGAAGAUGAUUAUUCAUUACCUUCAGAAGUAAAAAAUUUGAGAAUAUUUUUAUAUUAAAUAGGUAAAAAAUAGUAAUGAAGGGGUUACAUUACAUUAAAAUUUUGUAUGCUGAAAUUUUAGACUUCUCCAAUUAAGAUACUUAUAAAUGCUGUCUGCCUAGCCUCAACUUUUGAGUUUAUAUUUUUUAAAAACUUUUUCCUGAACAGAAAUAUUGUGAGGAUGAAGGAGUAAAGUGACUUCAGCUGCUUCACGCUGAGACAUAAAGAUGUUGCUUACUCUCAUUUACGGUAGUCUCACCUUAGCCCUGGGAGAUACGUUCUAAGACCCCUGGGGAUGCCUGAAUCCACUGAUAAUGCUGAACCCUGUCCUAUGUGUGUUCCUGUAUAUACAUACCUGUGAUAAAAGGCUUAGUUGACAAAUGAGACACAAUAAGAGGUUAGAAACAAUAACUAAUGAUCAAAUAGAACAAUUUAACAAUAUAUUGUAAUAAAAGUUAAGUGAAUGUGGU